AUGGCAGCAGUUCCUCUAGGGGAAGAAGAAGCAGCAGCUGCGAUUGCGACUAUUGCCGCUGUCAACAUGCUCAUCGAUGAUGAGGACGAGGAAGAAGAACAAGAAAUUUUACGACGCUUAUUAGCUGGCGUAAGGGAAGUAAUUCCAAAGACAGAAAAUUUUUUCGAAGAGAUUGCAAUAAUUGAAGAAGAUUUGGAAAGGCCUUAUUCGAAUAUCUCUGCAAGGAAAAAAUUAUCCGUCGCUCUUUGGUAUUUCGGUAAUCAGGAUGUAUACCGGUCUAUAUGUGACAGAUUCGGCAUUUCAAAAUCUACUGGUUGGGAAUGUGUCAUGGAGGUCGCCAGAGCACUUUCUGCACGUGCACCUAAUUUUAUUGCAUGGCCAACUGCUGAGGAGAUUCCUACAAUUGCACGAGACUUUGAGGCAAUUGCCGGUUUUCCGGGAGUCAUUGGACUAAUUGAUGGCUCCCAUGUUAGAAUCAACGCGCCUCACGAAUUUCCGGACAGCUACAUAAACAGAUACGGGUUCCACUCGAUCAACGUUCAGGGAAUAUGCGAUUCACAAAUGCGUUUCAUUGACAUUUACUCAACUUGCCCGGGUAGCGUCAAUGGUACAAGAGUGUAUCAGCUAAGUCCGAUCAGAGAAGAAAUAGACCAAAACUACGAACGUUAUUUCCCUGAUCAAACGCACCUUCUUGGCGAUAAAAUAUAUUAUCCCGUUCAAUUCAACUUGUUGCCUCCAUACAAGGACAACGGUCACUUGACGGAGCAAGAGAGACAUUUCAACAUAAUUCACUCUCGAACGCGACAAAUGAUCGAAAGGUCGUUUGCGCUUUCGAAGAAUCGCUUUAGACGUUUGAAAUGUUUGUAUGUGCAAAACAUCGAAUAUGCAUCAUUAAUAAUUCUGGCAUGUUGUAUAUUGCAUAAUAUAUGCAUUUCCCUCAAUGACGAUUUAGAUGAGGUCGAUGCCGAAAACCAGGCUGACGGAAACGUAAAUGAUGAACCAGAAGAGCCAGGCAAUGAACAGUUUAACGCUGUAAUUAAGCGCCGAAUUAUUGCGGAGGAGUUGUUUCAUCGCAGAAGGCAAUAA